GCGUCGUCCGCUUACUGCACAUACUUGGAAGACCUAAUUUUAGGAUGUGAAGACUUCGCCACACGGGGCCGAGUUUGGGGUUCGCGGCAACGACAUAUGUCUAAGCGACCCGCCUCAGCAGCAGCCCUCCCCGCCGGCCAGCAGCGCCUUCGAUUGGACUUCUUCAAUGGCGAAAAGAAGAAGCAGGCGACCUCUGGGGGACCUGCAGGCGCAGCGAGGGGCCAGCCCUACCGCGGCGAUGGCGGGAGCGCAUACACUGCUUGCCCCGUGAAGGUGCCCCUCUCCCUCAUCAACCACCACCUGGACUCCCCGGGGCAGUGCGGCGGCCCGCUACCGGUUGACACGGGGGCUGCAAGGGCUGCGGCGGCUGUCAGAGCGGGGACGGCAGGGGCGGCGGCAGCAGGGGCAGCUGCAGCAUCUGUGGCUGGGCCGGCAGCAGACAUAGCGGCGGUAUCAGCGUCCCGGGCAGCGGCAGCAGGGAAAGAGGCUGGAGCGCCGUCGGUUUGUCCAAUCGGCAUGGCUGUGGUGACAAAAAGCCGGUGCCUGGGCAGCAGCGCUGUGGGCCAUUCCGCACCGCGGGAACGGCCUCGGCCAACGGAAGCUGAAGCGGCCGCAGCGGCUGCAGCGGCGGCACCGGCUGUAGCCGGCCCCGCACCGGCUACAUUGGCAGCUGCAGAUAUUUGCAGUGUCUAUCAUUAUGAUUAUGACAAUGAUGAUAAUGGUAGCAAGGGCACUGUGGAGCGCAUAACAGAAAUUGUCACCAGCCAAGAGGAUGGCGAUGUUAUGCUGGUGGAGGAGGUGUCGGCGGAGGGAACGGCAGUAGCAGAAGCAGUGAGGGCGGCAGCAGCGCAAGCGGCAGCAGCGCAAGCGGCAGCAGCAACAGUGGCGGCGGCUCAGCCUGGCCGGCCCGGUGGGACCGAGCGCAUGCCUGACGUGGACGGAGCGAGAAGGGCAACAACAGUACCGGCUGAAGCAGCAGAAGCAGCGCCACGGGCGUCGGCGCCAAGUGCCGCGCGUGCAGCCUGCGGUGGGCCUCCGGAGUCAAAGACAGGCGCGGAAAUGCACGCGGCUGCUCGCGGCGCCGCUGGCGCGUGGCAGCCCGCGUCUCACCAGGCUCCCCCCAAGGACCAGGGCCAGGGCCAGGGUCCGGCGGCGGGCUCAGGUCGGAGGACUUCCCCACUUCCCCUGGCUCAGCCGCGCACACCUCCACAGCCCACGAACCAGCCGCCCGCGCCGCCACAGCCGCCCGUGCACGCUUUCUUUCAGGCGCGACGGCAACGGCCGUCCAGCGGCAGCCGCAACGGCAGCGGCGGUGGCGGCGGCGGUGCUGCUGGGGGUUUGCGACUGGGUGCAGACGAAAAUGCCGAGCCCGGGAACGGAGUGGAGGAGGAGGAGGCGGGAGGGGUGGAGGCGGCAGGCGGGGCGCUGUGUGGCCGGCAGCGGGUGCCGCCGCCACUGCCCGCGGGUGACGCGCCGCCAUUAAUGCGUGUGGUGAGCAGGGCAAAAACUGGUAGUUUACCGGUUCUGGCGCAGUAAGUUUUUCUAGGACAUUUCUUCGAUUAAAAUUUUGAUAAGAAAAAGGACGGAUUUGGGCCCCCGACCUGUGCCCUCGUAGCCUCCCGGUUGGCCCCUCAGCCGACUAAUGAUUCCCACACGACUCGAUCCCCGAAAAGGACGGAUUUGGGCCCCCGACCUGACUCCGUUUGGCUCCCGAUUGGCCCCUCGGCCGACUCUCGAUUCCCAGAGGGCUCGACCCUGACUCCGAACCCAGCCUUCUCCUCCCACAUGGUCGCGGACCCCCACCCGUUCGCUGCCUAUUGGGAAACCACACGACUGCGAGCUGCUAGUUGGAUAGACAGCCGAGACGGAGCCGCUGCCAGUGUAAAUGCUGGGAAAA